AUAAAUCAACUUUUUUCUGGUUUUCUAUAGCCUCAAUUCGUUGCAUCAUGGGCACCACGUUAAACAUGCCUACCAUAAUUUCUGCGAUAUUUUAUCAGAUUUUAGUAAUCCAGUUGUUACUAAACAUGUGCUCUGCAAAGGAAGUUCCAGCCAUUUUCGCAUUCGGAGACUCUCUGUUCGAGGUAGGGAACAACUUCUACCUUGACACACUUGCUAAGCCAACAUUGCCAAAUGGUAUUGAUUUUACAAAGGGAAAACGAAGAGCAUCCGGAAGAUACACUAAUGCCAGGACUAUUCUGGACAUUAUAGAAGAGGAGUUAGGUUUUACAAAUUACACUCCUCCUUACUUGAGCCCCCAAACUACUGGAGAUGUGAUCUUGAAGGGUGUCAACUAUGCUUCUUCUGGAUCAGGAAUUUUUAAUUCCACUGGUUCUAAAUUUGGUGAUCAUAUUUGCAUGGAUGAACAAAUCAACAACUUCGCAAAAUCUAGGCAAGAUAUCGUAUCAAAAAUCGGAGCAGCAGCAGCUCGGAAGCUGUUAAGAGAUGCACUUUACUUUAUUGCAGUAGGUGCAAAUGAUAUCAUAUUGCUAUCUUCGAAUGUCUCAUUGUCGCAUGUUGAGAAUAUUAAGUAUCUGGAUAAUAUGAUUUCUAAAUUCAAAUCUCAACUUAUGAGUGUUUAUAAUUUAGAUGCUCGAAAGAUUGCAGUGACAAGUGCCGCUCCUCUGGGGUGCAUCCCUUUCGAGAGGGAUAAAUUUUCCAUAGACCAUUGCGUUCCACAUGUGAAUGAACUAGCCAAGUUAUACAAUGUUAGGCUGAAGAUAUUGCUGUCGGAGCUUACAAAACAUCUUGCAGGCUCAAUAUUUAUUUACAUGAAUUCUUAUACCACACUUGAAGAUGUCUUACAAAAUUAUAAAUCAUAUGGAUUCACGAAUGCAGAUUCGGCUUGUUGUCGAGUGUAUGGGAAGCAUGGUGGUAAACUCCCUUGUAUUUUUUUCGCUCGAGUUUGUCCAAACAGGACACAGUACGUGUUUUGGGAUGCAUAUCAUCCAACAGAGAAGACUAACUUUAUUUUGGCGAAGCAUGCAUUGGAUGGUAGCCGUCAAUAUAUUUCACCCAUCAAUAUCCGACAACUCGCUAAUUCGUAAAAUGACAUUAACCCAUUGAAGUUCCUAUUCUGAAUAAAGAAAAUGUUGAAAUUUUGGUUGCUAUCCAUCCCUAGAUGGCUAAUAUAAAUGUACUAGUAUAAUACGUAGUAUGUAUCGGAUUCAUUUUAUUUUUACCUUAUAGCGCUCCGUUUGAAAAUUGA